AUGGCAAGCAAACUAAUAAUACCUGUAUUGGCCGUCUUUCUGGGAAUAUUCCUUAUAUUAACCAUUGUAUUUGCUGCUCUAUUUGGAGUGGAAAGAAACAAAAGUGGGUCUUCUCCGACAACUUCAACAGCUUCCCCGAGUUUAACAACUUCAACAAAUCCCUCGGUUAUCACAACUACCCAAGCGCCAAGUGUAAAUAACAUAUGUUUAACUCCAUAUUGUGUUAAAGCGGCGAAUUAUUUACUUCAAAGCAUUGAUACAGAGGCUGAACCAUGUGAAAAUUUCUUUGAAUUUGCUUGUGGAACAUGGUUAAAAAAGAAUCGAAUUCCCGAUGAUGCCGGAUCUGUAGAUACAUUCAAUGGUCUGCGAAAUCAAUUAGAUGCCAAUGUUGUUGACAUAUUAACCUCGCCGAUUCCGAGUGACUUGAACGGCACUCAAGCUGUAAUUAAUGCUCGUCGUUUAUAUGCUUCAUGCGUUAAUGAAGCGGCUUUAGCAACAGACGGCGAACGGGCGUUACUUGAUGUUGUGAAUAACGAACUUGGUGGUUGGCCAAUUUUACAAGGUUCAUCAUGGAAUGAGGGCGCAUUUAAUUUAACAUAUUUAAUGAGUAAACUACGUGAAUAUAAUCAAAAUGUUAUAUUUGGCUUUGGUACAUCAACUGAUGAUAAAAAUUCUUCGAUUAAUUAUAUUCGACUUUAUCAAAGUGAUCUUGCUCUUGAGCAACGAUCGAAUUAUAUGAAUACAAAUUUUAGUAAUGCUUACACCCGAUUAAUCCGUGACAUAGCUAAGGCCUUCACAAAUGAUACAACGAUGAUUGAUAGCGAUGCUAAAGACAUUUUCGAUUUCGAAAAAAAUAUUUCAGUCCACCAUUGGACACCAGCUGAACAACGUGCUCGACAAAAUGAAACAGUUCGUACGAUAAUGGGUAAUCUCACACAAAUGUUGAAUGUCAAUUUUAAUUUUACAACUUAUAUUCAAGAAAUGUAUGCUUCAUCGAACGUGCCAUUGAAUGAUAGUGAUGUUAUAUCAGUGAGUGAAUUAGAUUUUAUACGUAAUGUAUCGGCGAUUCUUGAUGAAGCUUCACCGCGUGUUAUGCAAAAUUAUAUCGUAUGGCGUUUUAUAAUGAAUAGACUCUCAGAUUUGCCUAAACGUAUUCGGAAUAUAAGAGAACCAUUUGAUGAAGUUUUUCGCGGUACAAUUGCUCAACGUCCACGUUCAAUAACAUGUGGAAACAUGGUUAAUAAUUAUAUGGGUUUUGCUGUUUCGAAAAUUUAUAUAAAACAAUAUUUUGAUGAAAGUGCUAGAGAUCAGUCAAUGGAAAUGAUUAAAAAUAUUCGAAGUACAUUUAUUGAAAUGCUGACGAAUUCGAGUUGGAUGGAUGACAUUUCAAAAAAUAGAUCCAUAGAAAAAGCAUUAGCAAUCGAUGAAAAAAUUGGUUAUCCAGAAUAUUUAGGCAGUACAAAUAUGACCGAACUUGAAAACAUGUACAAAGAAUAUGUUUUCACCUCAUCACAUAUCAACAAUCUUUUAAAAGUAUUGCAAAUCAAAUCCAAUGAAAGUCUACGAACACUUCGUGAUUCUGUCGAUCGAAAAGCGUGGGGUUCUAGUCCGCCAACUACAGUCAAUGCUUUCUAUAGUCCAUCGAAAAAUCAAAUUAGUUUUCCCGGUGCUAUUCUUCAAUCACCAUUUUUCGAUAAAGACGCACCCAAAUAUUUAAAUUAUGGUGGUAUCGGGGUUGUCAUUGGGCACGAGAUUACUCAUGGUUUUGAUGAUUCUGGUCGUCAGUUCGAUAAAGAUGGCAAUCGUGUAUCUUGGUGGACUCCAGCAACUAUUGACAAAUUUACUGAUCGUAAGAAAUGUAUCGUUGAUCAAUAUAGUAACUAUACUGUCACUCAGAUCAAUCGAACAUUAAACGGAAAUCAAACUCAAGGUGAAAACAUCGCUGAUAACGGUGGAAUAAAAGAAUCCUUUUAUGCUUAUAGAAAAGCAGCAGCAAAACAACAAGAUAAAAGUUUACCUGGUUUAUCUAAUUAUUCGAAUGAACAACUUUUCUUCCUAUGGAAUGCUCGAAUUCGUUGUUAUUGGCAAUAUAACGACUAUCUAGGCUAUCUGAAACGAUUGCUAGAAAAGCAAUCGCAAGGUCAUGCAAUCGAUGAAUAUCGAAUACGUGGUCCAACAUCUAAUUUCGACGAAUUUGAUCGAGCAUUCGGGUGUACACCCGGUCAAGGUAACAGUCAAAACCCAAAAUGUUCUGUAUGGUAA